GGCCUUUUGCCAGUGACGAUAAAUGUGUUCGCGGAUCAAGUUGGAUCGCAAAACUUUCCAUCGCCGGAGCAUACAUACUCGCAGAUAGCCACUAGAUAAGUUGGCAGCCGGCUCCCCAAUGUUGUCACAGAAACUCCAUCCGCUACUCUGUCGUGGCUUUGUUAAUUACAGAGUUUGUCAGAGCUUGAGAAACUUUGCAGCCGACGCCGGCGAGAACAAUAACAGAGAUAAUGCUACUGCGGACGAGCGUCAUCAUCCGCUGAAGGGCGUGCGCAUUUUGGACUUGACCCGCAUCAUUGCCGGCCCCUACUGCACCAUGGUGCUGGCCGAUCUGGGGGCAGAGGUCAUCAAGGUGGAGCGUCCGCAUUUUGGCGAUGAGGCCAGAAAGUGGGGACCUCCGUUCCUGGAGCACAGCAAGGAUGCCGCUUACUUCCUCGCCCAAAACAGGAACAAGCAGAGCGUGUGCAUUGAUCUGAAGCGGGGCCGGGCACUGCUCCACAGGCUGGCCGAGAUCAGUGAUGUCCUGGUGGAGAACUAUGUCCCAGGCACCCUCGACCGCUACGAUCUGGGCUACGAGCAAAUGAAGAAGGUCAAUCCCAAGCUGAUUUACUGCACUCUCAGUGGCUACGGAUCGGUGGGGCCAUAUGCCAAACGUCCGGGCUACGACGUGAUUGCCUCCUCCGUGGGUGGCUUGCUCCACAUCACUGGGGAAAAGGAGGGGCCGCCCAGCAAGGUGGGUGUGGCCGUCACGGACGUGGCCACCGGGCUGUAUGCCCAUGGAGCGAUCCUGGCAGCCCUCUAUCAACGUGAGAAGACACAGCGUGGCCAGAAGAUCGACGUGGAUUUGCUCUCCACCUGCUGCUCCCUGCUGAUAAAUGUCGGCAGCAACUAUCUGAACGCGGGCACCGAGGCCCGCCGAUGGGGCACAGCCCAUUCCAGCAUUGUGCCCUACCAGAGCUUCAAGACCAAAGAUGGCUAUCUUACUCUAGGGGCCGGCAGCGAUGCCCAGUUCGUGGAACUGUGUCGUCUGCUGGCGGUCGAGCCGGUGGCGGAGGAUCCCAAAUUCAAGACAAACAAAGACCGAGUCGAAAAUCGCGAGGAGUUGGUGCAACUGCUUGAGCAGAUUCUGGCGCAGGAUAGCUCCAAGAACUGGAUGAAGCGCUUCGAGGGUGCACCGUUUCCGGUGGGUCCGGUGAAUAGCAUUAGCGAAGUGUUCGAGGACGAACAUAUCCAAGCCAUUGGCCUGGUAAAGACUCUGCCGCAUACUCGCGAUGGAUCCGUCAAGGUGGUCGGACCGCCUGUGGUUUACAGCGAGGCACGCAACGACGCCCGCACGGCGCCACCCAUGCUGGGCGAGCACACGGAUGCCGUGCUGAGCGACCUGCUCGGCUACGGGCCUGAGGAGCUCGCCUCGCUGAGGGAUCAGGGGAUUAUCCAGUAACCCUUGCCAUGUAAAUCCUAUCUGCUAUCCUAUACGGAUGUUCUGAAACUAUAAAUCUAAUCUCAAGUGUCGAAGGCAUUUAGUAAAAUAAAUGGGCACGUCGUCUUCCUUGUCUCCAUCUUUCAUUAUGCCGUUCUCGACGGAGCAUGUGCCAUGGAGCCAGCGCACGAAACGGCAGAAGGCGAUCAUUGUGCUGUUCUACGCUCUGAUGCUGACCCUUAUCAUCAAUAUCGUGGGCUGCAUCGCCUUUUAUUGUGUGUUCAAGCACAACGAGAAGUACUCCAUGAAAAUGGCCGAAGCAAAGCAGGCCAAGGACAAGCCUGAGGAAGCCCUGCAGAGGAUGUCGAGCACGAGUUCUCUUACCUGAACCUGAGAAUGUCCAGCUGCAGGCUCACAUAUGCAAAUAUCGAUUUUAGCAACUUCAUCACUGCGUGGCGACAGGGCAAAUGAAAAGGAAAAUGGGGAAAAAUGAGCAAAAUAAAGAGCACAGGGAUGGUAGUCACGGGAGAGACUCACUUUUAAAUCAACUACAAA